AUGAACCUCUUCAACUUCCUUCUCUCCAUUAUCAGUCUCUCUCUCAUCCUGGUUGACCCAGCCCUCGGCGCGAAAUCCACGGCAACGUCCUUCUGCAAAUGCAUCUGCUUCACCAACAGCACGAUCAUUGCAUUGAACCCACCCCCUUCUUCCACGAGCGCCUCCGCAGUGCAUAACCUAGCGCUCAGAUCUCCUCACGCACUGGCCGCCGAUUCCACCGACGAACAACCCGCGCCGCCCUCACGCCCACACCACAAACUCACCUGCGCCGACUGCACGCGGGCCUUUUGUCUCGACUAUAACCUGCCGAUCUGCAAGAAUGCGCGGGACGAAGAUGUUUUCACCACCUGUUUCCAGCGGGAUUCCCUCAAAGACGAGACCGUCGUCGUAAUAUUCAUCUUCGCCACAGCGGGCCUGUUGGCGUGGGCCAUUGUGAAGCCCUGGAUCGAUCGACUGAGGGAGAAGAACACAUUUGCACCGUUGCUGCCACACAAUCGAGGCGUCGCCCACAUACGAGGUCAGAAUCAUGGGCAGCAAAGCAACUCGCGAGGAGGCCCCCGUCGGACCCCGGGCUUCGGGGACGGCACAAGAGGAGAGGGAGACGAGGACGAUCUUGUUGGAAUCGGGAGCAGAAGCCGAAAUGGGAAGGGAGCACGGAGAGAGGGAGACGGCGCUCCCAACCACAUUCCUUACGACGAGGAUAUGCACGCCGACCAAGACGCCAUGGACAUCGUCUCCGGCAUGCCAUCAGGGUCCGGCUCUCGCCCCUGA